GAGAUCCUCUCUUUUCUCCCUCGCUCUUUCGUUCCGCCAACAAGAUUCCUCCUUGCACCUUGGUUGUCCGCCCGUCCCUCCCCGUCGCCGCCGCUCCCGUCUCGCUGAUCCCUCCGCCGCCAUGGCCUACAUUGGGUCCAAGAUCAGCUUGAUUUCAAAGUCCGAUAUCCGGUACAUUGGUAUCCUGCAUGACAUCAACCAAACCGAAUCCACCGUUGCUCUCGGCCAAGUCCGCUCCCUGGGCACCGAGGGCCGACGAGGCAACCCCACUCAGGAAAUCCCCCCCUCCGACCAAAUCUUUGACUACAUUGUCUUUCGAGGCUCCGAUAUCAAGGACCUGACAGUUCUGUCUCAGCCCCCGCCGAUUCCUGUCUCGCAAAUCCCCAAUGAUCCCGCUAUAAUGGGGUCGUACUCGGCCUAUUCUCAGUACGGCGGGCCUGCUGGCUACAGCUAUCCGCCCCAGACCGCAGGCUAUCCUCAGCCCGGUCCUGCGCAAGCCCAGCGCCCGUACGCCUCGGAUGCCCCUGCCGCGUCAGCUCCCGAAGUCGAGGCUCCUGCGCAAGCCGCUCCCGAGGCCGAGCCUGAGGAGCCUGAAGAGGAGGUCGAGUUUGACCAGGUCGCCCACGACAAAGCCGGCCAGUCGUCGCCCAGGGCUGUUGCAGAGAAGCUUGGUAAGCUUGAUCUGACCGAAAGAGGACACGAUGGAGCCGCCAGGAGCAAGGAUCGCCCCGCCAAAAAGGACGGCAAGCCCCCAAGAGGCCAGGAGCGUCCCAAGUCGAGUGAUGGAGCUGGCGUAUCUGGAAAGCCCCAGCAGAAGCGGGAAGCUGCUCCGGUCGAGACCGAGGCUGGAGCCGUUACCGAAGUCGCUCCCGAGCCUCAGCAGUCUGAGCAAGAUGCCGUUGCCCCCGUCCAGCAGUACAAUAAUCGCAAUCGAGGCGGAUCGGGUUACCACGGCUACCAAUCGCACGGCCAGUACCAGGCUCAGCAGCAUGGCCAGCAGUAUGGUCAGCAGCAGGGCUUCAACAACCGUCGCGGCGGCCGUGGUCGCGGUGGCCGUCCCCACAGUGGCAAUGUCCGUAACAACCGGCUGCCUAUUCCCGACUCGGACUUUGAUUUUGAGUCGUCGAACGCCAAGUUCAACAAGUCCGAGCUACAGACAAAGGAGACCCGCGAGGUUGAGCACGAAGAAGACGAUGACUUUGAGGACGGCGAGGAGGACCACGACUCGUCUGCCUACAACAAGUCCAAGUCCUUCUUUGACAACAUCUCGUGCGAGGCCCGAGAUCGUGCCGAAGGCGAGAAAACCAGCCGCCGUGCGCGCCAGUACGAGGAGCGCCGACUCAACCUCGAGACCUUUGGCCAGAUCUCAAUCGAUGGCAACAAGCAGGGCAAUCGCCGUGGAGGCUAUGGCUACAACCGCCGCGGCGGCUCUCGCGGCGGACACUCCCACAACAACGGUGGGCAGAACUUCAAUCGCGGUGGCCAGGGCUACCGCCACAACCAGCAUAACCAACAGCAGCAAAACCAAGCCUAAGCAUCAGACACAUCCCCAUCUGCUAUGUUUCUGCAUCUUUGUUACUCGUUUGUGGCUUUCCUCCUCCAUUUGCCUUUCCAAUCGUAUAUUUUUUGAAGCCUUCCACUCCCCACGUUUGCCUUCUCUCACUCUCCCGACCCACCCCUCCUUGUGCGGCUCCUCCUGUGGUGGCAACAGCAAGAUGAAUACAGCUCGUUGGCGAAUCAAGAUGGCCUCCUGCAGCUGAACGGUGAGGCUCGGGACAGCACCCAUGCGCCCGCGAAUCAGCUCUCUCGUUAGCCAUCGGCAUCGCUGUGUCGCUGAUCGUCUUCAGCGACAAUCGCAUUUGUUGUUGCUGCACCCCGUGAUGUCUGAAACCAACCUUGAAUGCACUCGAUGUGGGAGUGUUGUGCAUCCACUCGACCAUCUGGACCGCUCCAUGGUGUAUCGAUAUCAAUAUACCUGCUUUCUCGAG